CCCGGUGAACUACAUCCGGUAGCUUGAGUAGCCAUCGGCUUUCAGUGUUUACCAGCUUGCUUCCUUUAUUCAUUGUCAAAAUCUUGCUCACGGGACUUUGAACAAAUAAAAUUCUUCAUCUUUUCACGGACAUAUACUGUAGUCAUGCGGGUGUUCCUGCUGGUCGUGGUGGCGGGGCUUUUUCUCGGCCCAUCCGAGGUUGAGGGGGCCGAGAAAAAGAAGCUGCAGAUCGGCAUCAAGAAGCGAGUGGACAAUUGCCCCAUCAAGUCCCGCAAGGGUGACGUGCUGAAUAUGCACUACACCGGAAAGCUGGAGGACGGCACCGAGUUUGACAGCAGCAUUCCCCGAGACCGACCCUUCACUUUCACCCUGGGAACCGGUCAAGUGAUCAAAGGCUGGGACCAGGGCCUCCUAGGCAUGUGCGAGGGUGAAAAGAGGAAGCUGGUCAUCCCCUCCGAGCUGGGCUACGGAGACCGGGGAGCUCCUCCGAAGAUUCCCGGAGGAGCGACGCUCAUUUUUGAAGUGGAGCUGCUGAGCAUCGAGAGAAGAUCCGACCUUUGACGAUGGAAAAGAUGGCAGCUUUGAAAACGUUCCAAAAGGUGCUGCAGCAUCAAGUGGAGACCAUCUGACCUCUGAGAGGAGAUUACACAGCAAAUCUGAGAGUCAAGUCAACACUGCUUAGCAGAGCCACCGUUCUCUUUUCACUGGUUUAUUGUGUGACCUGAUGUAUUGAACUAAAGUUAUCAUAACUGGUGGUGUAUUCCUGCUAAACACCAGGGGAAUUGAUAGUAACUAAAUCAGUUUUUGCUGAGGGAAAAUGAUCUAAUCUUGUUUUUAACUGUUCGGGAUUUCCAAGUAGGUUAAUUUACAUCUGCAUUUUUUUCACAGAUAAUUUACAUUGUUAAUACAUCAAGCUGGAGAUAGAGUAAGACCAAUAGUAUUUAUUUACUUUGAUUAUUGUGAUAAUAAAAUGUGACCCCAGUGA